CUUCCUGCCCCUGACUGACAGCCAGAAAAGCUGCCACUGGUUCUCCCCGGCAGGACCGGCCUCGGCUCCAACCCCCUCCGCCGUCUUCCUCCUCCCCCUUCCCGGUCCUACGAAAGGCGGCCGAGGCGGUGCUCCUCCCCAGGCCCCUGCUCGUCCCCUGCCCGUCCCCUGCCCGCAGUAACAGCAGCAGCAGCAUGGUGGUGCCGCCGCUGCUGCGCGUCGUCAUCAUGGGGCCACCGGGUUCCGGGAAAGGCACCGUCUCCUCUCGGAUUAUCAAACAUUUCGGGAUGAAGCACCUCUCCAGCGGCGACCUCCUGAGGGACAACAUGCAGAAGAAGACAGUUGCCUCGUCUGAAAAAGGGCCUCUGUAUUAUUGCACGUUCCAAUCCUGCUCAAGUGAUGGGAGUGGCAUUCUUCAUUGCUUUCUGCUGAAAGUGGUUGUAUCUUGUGUUGAAGUUGGAAUCCUUGCCAAGUCCUACAUUGAUCAAGGGCGUCUUAUUCCAGAUGACAUCAUGACACGACUGAUGCUGAAUGAGCUAAAAGGUCUAGAUCGGUACAACUGGCUGUUGGAUGGUUUCCCCAGAACGGUUGCUCAGGCAGAAGCCUUGGAUAAAGAAUGUCAAAUAGACACUGUGAUUGACCUAGAUGUGCCAUUUGAGACCAUAAAAUGUCGGCUCACAGCACGUUGGAUCCACCCUGCUAGUGGCAGAGUCUACAAUCUUGAAUUCAGUCCUCCCAAAGUGCAGGGCAUUGAUGAUAUUACUGGAGAGCCACUUGUUCAGCGUGAUGAUGAUAAGCCAGAGACAGUUACCAAGAGGCUGCAGGCUUAUGAUGCACAAACAAAACCUGUUCUAGAAUAUUAUCGGGAAAAAGGGUUAUUGAAAUCCUUCUCUGGAACAGAAACCAAUAAGAUCUGGCCACAUAUCUAUGCUUUCCUCCAAACCAAGUUGCCAGAUGUGAGCCAGAAAGAUGCUGCCACUCCCAGGUGAAAAUAGGUCUAACUUCUGCUCAUCUGUCAUAGCUCACACUUGAUUACAUGAGAUUCAGCAAUCAAGGAUUUCUCUUAAGUAGUCCACCAGACCAAUCAAUAAUUACAAGUCUAAUGUUGUCAUUAACUUACAUUGAUAAAACUUUGUUGCCUGUGGUUCUCACUUUAAUGCUGUAUUUUUUUAUAUUAAAUAUACCUAAUUUUUAUAAUAUAGUAACUGACUUCAACACAAGCAGCUACUCUUAUGUCUCUUAUUCAGAAAAUAUUUGUUUGCAAAUAUUGACUGGUGAAGGAAACACAUUACAGAAUACAACUUAAUUACAAAGCACAUAGAUUGAUUUACGCGCUCAUGAAAUGUAGUGUGAAGCAAUGACAAGGACAUGAAAGCAUGUUUCUUGAAUAUGUGAUGAGUUGGGGCCAGCCAGAAGCUGUGGGAACCAUGACCACCACUCUAUAGAAAGACGUUUCAGACCAAAACUGGCAUACAUAUAGAUUGAUCUUAUGGAUGACAGUCACCUUCUUUUAGCUUUGCUUGCACAGAUGUUAGUUGAACUUUUUGCUGGGCUUAAAUUACCCUUAACACUUGCCUGGAUGAUUGGCCUUAUUACUAUGUUUAUAUUUCUGCCCUCAGAGCAGCUAUCUUGCAGGCAUGAGAAAUGGAGUUUCAAUGAUGUGCAACACAUUUGGUAAAGCCUCUGUCUUUGUGCAGCUGUGCAAGACUUUAUUAGUAAAAAGACAGCAGGUACUGAACAGAUUGAGUGUAAUCCAGUAAGUUUGUAGCUAGAUGAUCUUGACUAGUGAAUGUGUCUUUUCUACUACCUUUGAAAAAACAACUGCUCAUUGAUGCCAGUGCCAGGACUGCCAGUGGUCAAAUUAUUAACAUUGUCAUAUUACUGUAGCAACUUUUAUUGUAGCAAUUGGACUGGUUUUCACCAGCUCAUACAACUAAUUCAUUUCUCUGACCAGCUCUUGUAUUUAUUUAUUCUCUAGAUAACUGGAGUUACAAACCUCCACAGGCCACGCCUUUUACCAGUCUAGGUAAUGCAGACAUUGCUAUUUUUCAGUGAACUCCCCUGGCCCUUCUUUUAUGCUAACCAGACUGAGAGUUUCAAGAAGAGUCAGCAAAACCUGAGGAACAAACAACUCCAUCUAGGCAACAUCUGAAGUAGCUGUGUCGUACUAGUGCAGAUCCCAAUCUCCUUUUGCAGUGACUGUAAACAACUACAGAGCUGUGGUGCUGACAUACCUCAGACUACAUUUGCAUGUGUAGUUGUAGCAUUAUCAAUAUUGAGACACAUUUGAGUCUAAAAAGGAUGGUCAUUGUAGAAUUUGUAAAGCUUUCCCAUUACUAUAAAUGAAGAAUAUGGGCAGCAACUCACUGCAAGCAGCUCUCCUUACAUAUUAAAGAAGGCUUACCAAAAGGCUGACCACUUCUGCUUUCAUCUUCAGAAAUGUCUAUAUGGAGGCUGUAGACUGAGUGAGUUUAGAGAUACACUUCUUUAAAAAAGUCACGAUUAGAAAACAGUAGCUACCACAUUACAGUGAGAAACCCUGAUGUGCUGCUUACUUCUAUUUAUGCAUCUUGAUUUCAAUAAAAAGCAGCUAUGCUUGGUUUUUUGCCAGCCUACGUAAGUUGCAGUUAGCCAGAAGGAAAAGGGGGAGGGAACCUCCUUAUGAUUUGACACUUACUCCCACACGAUCCAAUUGUAGCCCCUUAGAAACUUUAAAAAUAACUUUCAGUAUAUCAGAGGUUGCUAGAUCAAUGUGGCUCUACUACUAAGGGUAGCAACUGCAAGUGACCACGCUACCCUGCUCUUACUAUCCUUGUACAAAACAUUCAGUUAAAAAACAACCUGAAGUUACUAGUUCCCCUUAGUUUCCCUUAAUAAUUAGCUAAUUGAGGAGGUAGUGUUUACUUACCCUCUCUGGAGUAUGUCAAACUUAAAAAAAAAAAUUACUACUGAAGCUGGUUAUCUCUCAUUAGCAUCUGGGACAGAGCUGCUGCUUGCUCCUUUAUCCUCUGUCCGCAGAAGAACUGCUAGAGAACUCAAGGCACACGAAAAGUUACUGCUAUCGGUGGAUCUGGAGUUCCUGCUUUUGCUACUGCAUUUGUCUUAACACUCACUCUGGUAUAUACUGCAAACUUAGACUCUUCCCUAUCUCUGCUAUAGCCAAACUGAAAAUUAUUGGAUCUCGUCUCAGCACAGCUUUCACCUGAAUUAGCAACUGCAUGUAGACUGUGUUCAUCAAACUAUUGAAACUAGAUACUUUCCAGACCUUGCAUACAAUCAGAACAAUACAGUAAAGGACAGAGUUUGUACCGAUACCAUUAUUUGAGAUAGGAGCUGUCUUCACUGGAGUCUUCCAACUGCAGUAUACAUUUUUAUGAACAGAGAUACUGUAAUAGCAGCAGGUUAGAAAAGCACAGUAGAAUUUUGGACUGCAGACAUUCUGUGGAAGGCCUUGUCUAGAAACAGUAUUUGGAUCUCCAGCUCCUCAAACAGGAAGCUUUUAAUGAUUUUCCUCUUUAAUUAGUUGAGUUACCAAUAUCAGAAACCCACUUUAGUUUCAUAGCAUAUGAAAUACCUUCCAAACCUCACAUGACACCUGACCCUAUAUGAACUGCAACAAAGCUUUUUGUUUAAACUGAAGUCUUAACCUAACCCUUGUACCUCAAGUUCCCUCCAUCCCCUCCAUCAAAUACUUCUCCCCAUAAUAAGACUUGGUUUAAAAAAGUCUAAAGUUAGCCUUACGAACAAGAAGAGAGUCAGACUCUCAGAAAUCAUACAACCCAGCACUCAUAUGUAGACAAGCGUUGCUUACAUUUUAGGACAAAACCAAGUUACAUUUAAUGAAAGCACAUUGUAACAUUUAAAUCCCCUUUGUAGAGGUAGAAAGCCAGUGUUUUAAUCUAGCCCAUUCAGAUGUGAAAUACUGAUACCAGAUAUUGAUUUAUUGCUAUUAGUGAUAACUAAAUUUGAGAGCUUAUGUCAGCAAGGUAGCAUGAAUACAGUUGUGAUCUCCAAUAUUCAUAGAGUAAAACAUGUCCACAGCUGUAGUAAGACAAUAGCAGAUUCUACCAAGAAUCUACCACUUCUUGUAAACAUUGUAUUUGUGCAGAUUUAUUUUUUUUUCAUACUUUAAUUUCUAAAAGUCAUGAAAGGCAAGGUUAGUAGCAGAAAACACAUCCAGUUUCACAUUCGGCAAUACGAGAACCCUGCCCUUCAAGAACAACCAAAAACCUAGCAGCACAUUUGCAAACAGUAUUACAAGGUUUUCUGAAUUACCCACCCUUCAAAAUCUCUUCCCCCUGAAACCAAACAACAACAACAAAAAUCUGACACGAAAAAUAAAGUGCAGUACCCAGAAAAAUAAGUGUCAAGAAAAAAUAGCCAUGUUUGUUUCUUUGGGGGGA